CCAGACCCAAGAGACUAAUUAUGGGUGGCGAGUCUAUGCCCGGUAAUUUAGUCGGCGGCCCCAGCUUUUGCACUGGUAGCAACACCCGGCUUGAGAGACGUUUACUUUUUCUUUUAUUAAAGAGAGGUCAUCGUGUCGCCUAUUCGGAUACCUAACCUUGUUCAACGUUCAUCCUUACCCCCUUCUGUUGCAGAACACUCAGACUCAAAGUUCUAGACUCCCAACUAUAACACCCACCAUGAAGAUGCAUUUUCCGCCUGCCCUCAUCUUGGGCUUUGCUUCCCUAGUCGCCAGUGUACCACUUGCAGCCCAAGCCGCACCGCGAGGUCUCCGAGUCGUUGGAGCUUCAGUAUUGGGCAGUGGGUGCCCCUACGGCACUGCUGAUGUCCACGCCGUCGACUCGAACACGGCGUUCGAGAUCAGGCUCUCGGACUAUGUUGUGAAGACUGGUCCGGGCACCAUGGCGUCCGACUGGCGGAAGAACUGCAAACUCACGCUGAACCUGGAAUAUGAUUCCGGCUUCCAGUUCUCCACGAUCAACGCCGACAUGAGGGGCUACGCCUUCCUCCCAGCCGGUGCUGAGGGGCAGUGCCUUAACACCUUCUCGUUCACUGGUGCCCAGGGAGAAGUCAACUACGGCAUCAACUUCAGGGGGGCGCGUGAAGGGGCGUUCUCGCUCUCGGCCAACUCAGAUGUGGUUUCUUGGUCGCCCUGCGGUGGGUCCACGGCCAUCUUGAACAUGAACACGCAAUGCUCCAUCUCGCCUACAAAGGACCGGGCACUCAUCGCGGUCGACCGCAUCAGCAGCAAACUUACGGUUCGCGUUGCCCUCCAAUGGAGGCAGUGUUGAGAUGGUGCGAGGUUGAGAUUUGGGAUAAUACAUUUUUGUCCAUGUGGGAUAUUACCCCUGAGUGGACAGAAACCCCUAAAGAUUCGGUGGUUGUGUUUUUUUGGAGUUUGGCAUGUUAGGGGAAUACAAAACUUUACCGUGACCUUUCUCAAGUAUUGAUGCUCAGUAAUCUGUAUUUGUGCGUUUCUUCGCGCUUCUAAAGCCUCGAGAGCCCGGUGGAAAAAAAAAAAAAAAAA